CCCUGAUAUGUGGACUUCAUGAAGCAAAGGACAACAAGCAAAGGCUAGAGCUUGCUAUAUAUACUGCAGAGAUGUUACUAGUGCUCUUGCUGUCGACAUUUAGUGCAGUAUCAAGUCAAGACUGUCCACCAUUGGCAGAGGAUGAACACUUUAGCUAUGGAAAGACUAAAGGAGACGUGCCUGGUCCUCCGGAUUGGCACAAGAAAUGGGAAGAAUGUGGACAUAGUCGCCAGUCCCCAAUAAACAUUGACAAGAGUGAGACCAAACACAAAGAUUUCCCAACUCUGAAAAUGACCUUUGACAACCCAAGAGGCCUGGUUACUGGAACACUAAAGAACAAUGGUCAUGCUCCGACUCUGGAAAUUGAUGAGGACAAAGGAACAGCAACACUUGAAGGAGGUGCCAAGGAUGGUACUUACACUCUGAAACAGUUUCAUGUUCACUUUGGCUGUAAAAACAAUCGAGGAUCUGAGCACACGGAAAAUGGAAAACGUUAUUCUGGGCAGCUCCAUUUGGUAUUCAAGGAUGCUAGUGGCGAGGUUUCCGUUGUUGCUCUGUGGCUCAAGGCCUCUAGUAAAGGUAACAAGAUAUUAGGAAGGUUUGCCAAAUUGCUACCAAAAAUAAUUGAAGUUG